AUGUGGGCCCCCAUGAUCUGGUCCACUCCUCCCAACAGCUCCCCGCCCACAAACACCGCCGGCAACUGCGGCGGCGCCGCUGCUCCGCCGCCACCACUUCGCCGGAGGAACUCCGACAGCUCCCUCCUCACGUCGGCCUCGUCCCCCUCGCUGACGAGGCGAAUUACGGGGCUCACGCCGUGCCCGUGGAGCAGAAGCUUGACCACGUGGCACAUGCAGCAGCUCUCCCUCGCAAAAACCACCACCGCGUUCUCCGCCACCACAUCCCUCACCUUCUUCCCGUGGUGGCCGCCGGAGCCGCCGUUUUCCGGCGGAGAGACACCGGCGGCGUGGGCCCCAUUUGUAGAUGAAAGCGCUUGUUGCAUGGAGGAGAGAGAGAGAAAGCGUGGCGCUGUGUCAUUGGAAGGACAGGCAAAUAGUCUUGAUCUAGGAAUAGCGUCGCCUUUUUUUGCCCUUUAUGUAAACAGAGGCGUUCUCUCACGUCAUAAAAUCCAGUCUAUUUUGUUGUGCACUUCACAAGUAUCCCAUAAAACAAGUUCAAGAAAAGAAUCCCUAAUGUACAACCCCCCCAAAGCCAUUCCAUCAAUUCCCUUCACACUCCCUUCACCAAAACCAGAACAGAACCUAACAUUGCACCCUUUAGAAUUUGCCCGCUUAAGCAUACCUUUCGCGGGCCCCACCGGCGACGCUAGCGGCGGCGGCGAUGACGUGGACGUGUUCACCGGAGACGACGACUCCUCGUUCCUCUGCACCAGCGUUGCAGUCGACGAGCACUUCAAAAUCCCCUUAAUCGGCUUAUUAUUAUCAUUAUCAAUAUUCUUUCUCUCCUCAUCGUCGAAAUCGAAAAUGACGUCUCCGCCCUUAGCGUCACGUGGGGUCGACUCGCCCGACAUAACAUUAUUUAUGUUCACGAGCACGUCCACGAGGGCGUUUUCAUAA